AUGCAGAUGGCGAUCGAUAAGGCGCGCAACAUCGGUGUGGGCGUGGUUACGAUGUUCAAUGCCGGGCAUUCGGGCGGAAUCGGGCAUCACGCGACGCUUGCGGCGGAGCAGGACAUGAUUGGCUUCGUGACGACUGCGGGCGGCGCGCAGGUUGUGCCGACUUUCGGCUCGGAGGGCAGGCUGGGCACGAACCCGAUCGCACUUGCCGCGCCUGCUGCGACUGAGCCGCCGUUCCUGUUCGACGCGGCGACUUCCAAUGUUGCGGGGAACAAGCUGGGACUUGCACGCAGGGUGAGUGCAUCGCUGCUGCCUGGAUGGAUAACGGAGCAGGACGGGACACCUAUCCUGGAGAGACGGAUGUGCCCGAGCGAGGCGAAUACUGGCACCUUCCGCUUGGCGGGACGCGAGAGAUGGGUUCGCACAAGGGGUAUGGUCUGGCGCUGA